AUGGUCCCGCUCGGGGUCGGUCCCCCUCCCGUUCGCGGGCCCGCGUCGGAGAAGACAUUCACCUCGAAGAGAGCCAACUCCCAGCCGGGCAGCCAGCCAGGUAUCGUUACCUGCGGCUACGCGUUUCUCGCGGUACCCAGCCUCGCUCGAGCGAGUCACUUUUACGCGUUGUUGGAGAAUCCCUUGAUGUACUACUUAUGCUUGUCGACCGUCGAUCGCCGUUCCAGAGAUCGCUUUCUAGAGUCCAACCAGCAGAUAUCGGUCUUGGUGGAGAAAUUCAAGGUGGAUGGAGUACUUUACAUGAAAGAGGGCCCGCAAAUACCGCACAGCAUGAAAGAUACGGCCCUCGGCAUCAUGCACAAGGGUUUAGGACGCGGAAUCAAGCCUGGAUGCUUCUCCACUCUUCUAGCACUGUAUCUACGAAGUAUGGCGGCUACAUUCUCGUUCAAUAAGAUCGGCCUGGGACACUUUGCCGCUCGCCUGCUGUUACUGCCGUUCGUGGUUGCUCUAAUGAGCAUACUGUACUCGCAUUCAAGUCCCGUACAAUCGAGAAUUUUCUUGCAGACCGGUGGCUUGAUCUUCAACGUCUUGACGUUGUUCUACGUGGCCGGGAUAGCCGCGACGUCGCUUUUGUUUCCAGGUUUUCGUGCAAGGUAUUACCAGGAAAAGCGAGAGGGUCUUUACGGUGGCGCGAUGUUCCUGACCGCGUACACCAUGCUGAGUCUUCCGUUGAGCUUCAUAUCGACGCUGAUAACGAUCGGGAUCCUGAUUCCCAUUCUGGAGCUAGACCUCACCUCGUGGGCGUACGCUUCCGGUAUACUGUGGUCCAGUUACGUGGCGGCGGAGCAAGUGACGGUAGCCGUGUUGAUGGUGGUCGGUAGGCCCGUAAUUGGUGCUGUUACGGUACUGUACAUGACCCUGCUGUCCCUGGUGGUCGCGUCGGGCGCGAUUCGCAGCCUGAAGAACUUGCCCUAUUGGUUGGCGAUGGCGACGACGGCGUUGCCGACCAGAUACACGUCUCUGGCGCUCAACCAGCUGGUCAUUGACACCUCCAUCCUGUCCAAUCUGCCCUACAACGAGAGCUUCACCUGUCCUGGCGUACCUGAGCUCUGCAGGUACCCUGACGGCAAGACUUACCUGAUAGAACGCUUCACCAGAGAGGGCGAGAACAUUUCCGAGGUGUUAAACGUGGAUCUGAAUCUGCUGAUCUCUCUGGCGUUCGCCGUCGGUCUUAUUAUAUUGAACAGCGUCUUGUAUCUGUUGCCGCUACCCGCCAGAGUGAAGGCGAAGUUCAGAGAAUAAUAAAUUGUUGAUGCAUUAAUGCAUUGAAUCCACACUUAAUGUAAUCGUUGAACGAAAUUCAAAUACUUGGAUUUGACGCCGUCUGGAUAGCGUACGUAUCAUACUUAUUUAAUUUAAAUUUUUACUGUAUGUGUAUAAAAUUGUAAAUAAAAUUAGAAA